CUGUGACCGUUUGCUGUUGGCUUGGCUUCCUUGUUUCUUCUGAAGCGAUAGCAGAAGCCCAACGUGAUUUCAACCGUGAAUCAUCUUCGACUUCAGACCGUUGGCCUCGUUUGUGAUCGAAUGGCGCAAUCUAAAGAUAUUCCACACCUCAGUUUGGAUGACGGGGUGGAUGACUACGCUCAGCGAUUUCUGGAGAGGGCAAUGGAAAGGAGUCAAGAGCUGAGAUCCAAACUCAGAGCUCUUGAAGUGCAACAGAACAUACCUGUUGAGCUAGUCUCAUAUCAAGACUCUCCUAAGGUGAUGUCACACAUGGAGAGAGAUACAGUGCCAGAGUUUCAAGUGCAGGAGUCUGAGAAAUCACCUUUGAAGAAGGAGACACACCAAGAAGGUAAUACCACGGAGGAGGAGGAGGAUAAGGAGAAUGUUCUGGUGACUGGAAUGGAAGAGCCAGAUGGUAGUGUGAGUGAAAGGACAAAACAAAGACUGCAAAAAUUAGGGAAGCUAUAUGGUGGGACUGAGUUUGAUGCUGAAAGAGCUGCACGUUCUGCUCGAUUGGCUGCUUUUGCACAAGAAAUGAAUCAACGUGAGGAUGAUCUGCGUCGUGUUGACUUGAAGUCUCAAGGUGUUGCAGUAGAUGAGGGCAAGACUCAACAUGCACUCAAAGUUCAGUCCAUGCCAAGGCCCGACAAGAAAACUCUGAUGUCUCCUAUGAAAGGAUCUAAAUCACAGGACCAGUCUGAGCAAAAUCUCCCACCCAUCCAAGAACCAAAACAACACAGUGGUGAUAGGCCUGCAUCCAGUAGCUGGGAUCCUGUUAUCAUUCAGAAAUUGGAGGCUCAGGGCUUCAAGCAUUCCGACUCCAAAUCCAGGUUGAUCUAUGAGUUUCAGGAGGUGAAUGAGAGGAAGGGAGAGGAAACUGUACUUAUGGCCCCAUCUCUCCUGUCUGCAACAACUACUCUGAUGCCUUCAGAUGCUGUUGGAACAAAGGAAGAGGGAAUUAAAGUGGAUACAAUAGCAAAGAAGUUUGGCACUGAUUAUAAUGCACCACCACCACCACCAAAGCUUCCUUCAUCUCAGAACACCAUGUUGCAGUCAUCCAUUAAGGGGAAGGUCCAGUCACCUACCAAGGUUCAGACCUCCAAGGUGGCAAGUAUUGCUGCUAAGUUCAACUCUGGUCAGGUCAUUGUUCAAAGGGAGAAGGAAAAAAGUGCUGCUGAUCCUUCACAGCUAUCCCUGGCUGCUAGGAAAGCCUUAUUUGAGAACAAGGACUCAGCUCUGCCAGUCCCAACAAGCAUGAUCCCAACAAAUUUUCCUCCAUCAAAGAAACACCUCACUGUACAAGCUGUGAAAAAUGCUCCCAUACAUCCUCUCACACCUGCUGCACAUCAUGCUCUGGCACCAUUGACCAUCUCCAAGCCAAUUGAGAUGUCAACUGAGCAACAGGUGUUAAAGCAGCCUGAGAUGCAACAGCCAGGGAGUCCUCAAAAGGUUGCACAUAUUCCAUCAAGCCCAAUGAAAGCUACAGGCUCCAACACAGUUGCUGCACAAAGAAUGCUAUUUGAGAAUGUGGAAGAUGGUUGGAAGAAGACAGAGAUCUAUCAGGCCACUCAGGCUCAGCGUCAGCAGGAGAUGGAGACUGUGCUUCAUCGCUGGAAUCAGCCCCCAUCUGCAAGAACAAAUCCAUUAGAGCCUCUUGAAAACCCAGUGCUCUCAAACCCUCCUCAGUCCAAUGCUUCUGUUCCAAAAUUAUAUGGUAAGGGAGGAAUCCCUGUUCCUCCUGCCCUUCCUCCACCUCCACAACAAGCACAAAUUCAAGCUGGAGCCUUAUCUAAGUCUCCACAGAAGGAAUGGCAGGUGCCAAAGAGGCCUGGAAGACUUUACCCUGCAUUAUCAGAUCUUGAAUCUGAGCAGGAGACUGAAGCUGAAGCUGAAUCCAGUAUCCCAUCAAGUCUGGAGAGUAGCACAGAACCUGGGGAAGAACAAGAGGAGGAAUCAGAGGAUGAGCCCAUGGAUAGAGAUCUUAGACACCAUUCACCAGUAAAACGACGCAGGUCCUAUUACCAGGCCUUGGAAUCUUUGCCUGAGAGCGAAACUGAUAAGAAAGUCUCCAUCAAGGAAAAUGAUAUUUGGGGUGGUGGUGCCCUUGAAGCAUGUGUGAGCCUGAGUAUGACACCAACAUCCUCAGUCACUUCUUUGUCCCGCACCAUGGACUCUGAUAAUUACCCCACUCCACCCAAGCAGAAAUGCUUCCCAUCUCCAAAGAACUCUCCACAGCAGGUAUGGUACUUCUAUUCCUCACAUGGUCUUUAUCUGGCAUCUAUAGGGCUAUUCAAAGGUCAUAACACUGAAUUUGACAACUGUGGAAGGCAAAUGUGUCCAAGAAUGGAGCCACAGAUUUUGGAGUCAGAGGAGACCAAAAACUCCAACACAAGUGUGACACUGGUCCACACAAUCUCCUUUUACAGGAGACAGAAACCAGUAGAAGUGAAUGUUACUCCAGUGCAACAGAUUGUACGUCAAGCAAUUCUUCCACCAGACUCUCCUGAAGAAGACAUUCCUUCUAAGAGUAUUCCACUCUUGAUACAAGAACUUCAGAAUGAGGUGGAGAAGCAGCAGUCCAUCAUACACCAGGCAUGCAAUGCUCUCAAUGUGUGCAAGACAACAGCCGAGUUCCAGCAGAGCGUAGAGCAAGUCGAAGGAGAACGGCUUCUUCUUGUUGCAACUGAGAAGAAGAAGGCAGCUCUUAAUGAAAUCCAGAGGUUGAAAUCAGAGGGAGCAGUACGACACGCUCAGGACCAGAUGCAUGGACCCAGACCAUUGGUCCAGACCCGAGGUUCCCUCACCCUCAUGGGACUUGCCUUGCAUCUCAAGGAGGAAUUCUUCUCAUAUCUCAUUGAAGGAGGAGACAACUCGUUGCAUCACUUUAUUAUCCUUGUCCGCCAUCGGGGCCAGGUGAUUCCCACACAGAUGUUGACUGCUGAUGAGCAUGGGAUACAGAAAGGAUGGCUUGUCUUCCCAAAUGACAUCUCUUUGCAUGACCUUGAAUAUGAUUUCAUGGUGUCCCUUGAAGUCUAUGCUCUCCAGUCAAGUCGUAAGAACCUGGAUCAUCGCAUCAAGUAUCACAUCAAGAAAGAGAAGAGCACAUUGAGGUUGACACCAAAAAAAAAGAAGCAGGAGUCUCAUAUGAAGUCCCCAAUGAUCGGUAACCCAGCUUCAAGUCAACAUGGAUCUGUCAAAUUGCCUGCCUUUGGUCUUGUUGGAGUAACACAUAUCAAUAUUGCCAACAUCAGUGAGCACAAACGACAGCUCCAACAUGAGCCUAUUGGUAGUGUGGACCUACGUCAGUGCAUCACUGAGGAAUUCAAAAAUGUUCGUCGGGAUCGUUGUUCCCGCAACAACACAUUCCUAUUGGCCAUCUCUCGGCCAUCUAUGCCAGCUGACUUCAACAACUUAGUAACUGAGCGGAAGGGACACGAAACCAUCAUCAGUUAUCUACUUAGUGCAGACACAAAGGAGGAGAUGCAGUAUUGGUGCAAGCAACUUAGUCGAGCUGUGUCAGACAUUCGUGCUUGGGACCCAGAAGCACUGAGGCCAAAACCAGAAGGGAGUCCUGAGUACCUUCCCACUAUGUGCUAG